UACACCCCGAUUCACCCGUUGCCAAGUGUAACAACAUGGCGGUGAACAGACCAGUGCAUCUCGCUCUUUACGGCCUUUUAGGCGAUCUAGACUUCACGAAAGCACGAUGUUGUGCCGAGAGUAUGAAGCAUCGAGAACCAGAAAAGAUUUCAGAAGUUGUGGUGGUGCCAAUGCUGGAAUUUGACUGGGAUAUGUUUGUUGAAGAGAAGAAAAAGGAAUUGAGAGGAGAUGCCUGGACAUUUGAAGAUAAAGCUAUCGCAUUUAUUAAUGGGGAGUUCUUGGGCGGAGCCACUGCACUUCUUGACUGGGCAAUGGAAAACUACAAUUAUGAAGAUUUCAGGCCAGUUCCACUGUAUCAAACUUUUGCUGAGCAACAGUAUGUGGACUUCUUGAAUUCCAGAAAGCAUGAUUUUGUCUUCAUGGACAUUUCAAUCGGAGGCGAACCAGCAGGAAGAUUAGUUAUCGAACUCUUCUCCAAUGAUGUCCCAAAAACUUGUGAAAAUUUCAAAUGCCUGUGUACAGGGGAGAGAGGAGUCUCAGAGCACAAUGAAUUAGAGAGCUACAACCUCCAUUACAAAGGUCAUCUCUUUCACAGGAUUGUGCCUAAUGGCUGGAUUCAGGGAGGAGAUAUCUGGGCUGACCGAGGCAAUGGUGGAGAGUGUGUAUUCGAUGAAGUUUUUGAAGAUGAAAACUUUGCCAUCAAACAUGACAGACGAGGUAUUAUCGGGAUGGCCAACAAGGGACGACACACAAAUGGCUCUCAGUUCUACAUCACGCUGCAGGCAGCACCUUGGAUGAACACAAAAUAUGUGGCAUUUGGCCAAGUCAUCAAAGGAACUGAAACGCUCAAGAAAAUUGAAUCGCAAGAGACGAUAAUUGAACGACCAAGCAAGGACAUUCGAAUCGCGGACUGUGGACCUCUGACCUUCUCAUAUUAGACUAUUUUAUGUUUGCUGCACAUCUGACUUAUGAAACAACAUGUUGAAACUGCCCAUGAGCAUGUAAUUCCAAAAAAGUGAAAAACCUUAUGAGAGCAGUAAUAAGUCCUUUUCUCAACUUCCCACUUGUCAGGUAAAGCUACUUAUAACUAUUUGAGUCCAACCCAACUCUUACUAGAUGAUAUGUGGACAUUUCAGAUCACAAUAAUAAGUAGGACUAAUACCUAUGAAGUGUUUAUGUAUUGGGAAGAAUUGAUUCUGUUAAUAGUUUUCAACUGGCAUUCUUGUUCAAAGGGACGCUAAUGAUUGACUGAAACCACUGAGAUAGUCUCAUCUGUUUUUGUUGUUGUUUAUUGUAAAUACAGUAGAACCUCUCUAUUAAGGACACCCUCGAGACUGGCAAGUGCUGUCCUUAAUACAGAGGUGUCCGCUAAGGGAGGUUAAAUUGAAUGGAAACAACCAAUUUGGGACCAGACCUAGUGUCCUUAAUUGAGAGGUUGUUCUUAAUAGAGAGGUGACCGCUAAGGGAGGUUCCACUGUAUAUUCUUGUAAGAUUUGGUUCAUACACUUACCAUAUGUAUCUGCUAGAUGAAUUUAUCGGAAACAUUCCCUCCAUGUAUUUAUUCGUAAUAAAAAUUUUUUAUUCAAAA